AUGGAUUUAUCGGGGCGCACCAAGGUCAUUGACAUUCAAUCAAGCAUAGCGAUCGUGACAGGUGCUGGGAAUGGCAUAGGACGUGCUGUCUCUCGUGCGUUUGCCAAAUACGGAAGCACUGGCCUUGUACUUGUUGAUCGCGACAACAAUGGACUGUUGGACACCAAGAGGCUGAUUCAAGAGCUGACUCCAUCGGUAAGAGUCGAACUCUUGGCCCAAGACCUCUUGCAAGAGCGGGUCAGUGACCAAAUUGUCUCAGAGACCGUCACGACGUUUGGUCGGGUGGAUUACCUUGUCAAUUGUGCCGGCAAUCCGGGAGGCUUCUUUUACGCUCAUGAGGCGGAUGUGUCGAUGUUUGACCUAGUCCACAGCCUCAAUGUUCGGGCGACCUGGUUGUUGCAACGGGCAGUCAUCCGACAGCUACUCAAGCAAGAACCCUGUAACGGGGAGCGAGGAUCUAUUGUCAACAUUGGUUCGGUGGUAUCUCAUGUUGGCCAACCUAUGCUAUCUGCAUAUGUUUCGUCGAAACACGCGGUUCUAGGCAUGACAAAAGUAGAAGCACUGGACUAUGCAAAACAUGGAAUCAGAGUCAAUUGCGUGGCUCCAGGUAUAAUCGACACCGACCUUGGCCGUGCAAUCCCUGAGGAGAUUCGUGAGAGGAAUUUGCAACCAAUCAUAGACGGUACUGCACUUGGUCGUAAAGGCACAACGGAAGAAGUAGCCAACUGCGUUGCCUUCUUGAGCAGUCGAUUGGCAUCUUACGUGACUGGGACGAGUCUUGUGGUAAGCUCAGCCUAUUAA